AUGGCUGUCUGUCUGCCACAGAAGCCUACAACGCCACCUCUCUCUUCCAAGGCACCUCGUCGGCGGAUGAUCGGUUCUACUUCCUCGGCCUCUCCACAGCAGUGCGGCGCGACAUCCAAGACCAUCGCCGCCCUUCUGCUGGACGUCCGAGAGUCCGUGACCAUCGCAUCUCCAUCCAGCAGAAAGCAGUCGCAAGCUAUCUCAGAUUUGCGAGAAUGCAGGGUGCACUUUGAGGACACCCCUGAGAUCGUUUUGUUUCUGAGUGACGGGGACACGACAGAGGAGAAUCCUAUGGUCAGCGAGGAGGAUCGGCGAAACCAGGCGGUCGAGACUGAGGUUUCCCAAGAGAUUCAAGAGAUCAAUCAGCCAAGCUCCUCGACACCGGCGCCGCCACCGACGGGCGAAACUCCGUUGGCA